AUGGUGGAGGCUCUAAGAAUUCAACUCUCUAAUUUCACUCCCAUUGAAGGCACACAAGACUCUUGGAUCUGGACAAAGGAUGAAGCUGGAAGGUUCUCAGUGAAGUCAGCUUACGCAGUCCUACAAGGUGAGGUGAGGGAACCAAUACAUAGAGUCUACCACAAACUAUGGUCACUCAAAACACCUUCAAAUGUGCUAUCUCUGGCCUGGAAAGUUCUACCAAACAGGAUUCAGUCAAAGGAAAAUCUGAGAAGAAGGAAUGCCCUACAUGGUACUUCACAGUCUUUAUGUUCCCUGUGCUCUCUUGAAGAAGAAUCCUCCUCCCACCUCUUUUUCACCUGCAUUCAGUCUUGGAAGGUCUGGUGUAAGUUGUAUCAGUGGCUAGGAGAUACUUCUGCCAUGUCAAAUGAUGGAAUUUCUCAUUUCCUUCAAUUCUUGGGAAGCUUUGCGGGAAAGGACAGAAAAAUGGGAAGGGGUUUGUGUGGCUGGCAACUAUCUGGAGUCUUUGGAACUAUAGAAAUAACGUGA